GAAGAAGAAGAUGCUACGAUGCUAACGGCUCACUAGUUUCGCCUCUGGUGACAUGGAGGAGAAAUUGCCUCAAACUUAUUAAGGAAAGGCUUCCAGAGACGAUCAUUGAAGGACUUCAGCCCCUAAAUUGUCCCCUGGGUGGAUUUGAAGAUGUAGCAGAGUGGGAAGUAGGUUACCUCUGCGAUAGCCCAGCAUUCCUGGACAUCAUUGGUGAUUCAUCACCUUUCCUUUGCCUCGGAGGUUGUCUUCAGUGAGUCCAUCCUUGCCUGGAGACCCCACUGGACCCAGCCAUGCUCUUCUCCCUCAGGGAACUGGUCCAGUGGCUGGGCUUUGCCACUUUUGAACUCUUCCUGCACCUGCUGGCUUUGCUGGUUUUCAGCAUGCUGGUUGCUCUACGAGCUGACAUGUUCACCCCCUCACUAAGCUGGUGGCUGGUGUUCGUCCCGCUGUUUGCUGCAGACGGCCUCAGCACCUACUUCACAGCCAUCGUGUCCAUCCGUCUCUACCAGGAGAAUGAGAAGCGUCUUGCAGUGCUAAGGCUCCUCUGGGUGCUGACGGUGCUCAGCUUGAAGCUUGUAUGUGAGGUUUUGCUGUGCCAGAAGCUGGCUGAGCAGGAGCAAGCCAGAGACCUGUGGUUUGGCCUAAUCGUUUCUCCACUGUUCAUCCUUCUGCAAUUACUGAUGAUUCGAGCAUGCCGUGUCAACUGAGGAGAAGCAGUGAUUGUUUGUUUCACUUCACCCCACAAUGCAAGGGAUGAGAACAGUCUUCAUCUGACAUUAGAGAUGUGAAGCAUAAAAAUGGUGUUCUUUUUUCUUCUGGCUCACUGUCACCUUUAAAAAACACUAAAUUUUUCAUCACACAUUUUAUGUGUCACCUGAUCCAGGUUACUAAGAUUUGUGUUUUAAAGGGCUUCAGAAUGAACAGGACUCAUCACUGCUCUAUACAGGUAUAAUGCAGUAAUUUUAAAGUAGAAGACAAUCAUCUCUUUAUGUUGCUACAUUCUUAAAUACAUCAUUUGGACUAGGGAUGCACCAGUACCAUUUUUUCUCAGACUAGCCACAAGUACUGACAUUUAGGUACUUGCCAAUAUCAGGUACAAAUAGAACUUUUUAAUAAUACCAUCUCAGUUAUUAAUAUUAUUUCAAGAGUUUAUUUUCAUUGUAUGUUCCUCACCCCUCCUUUUGACAAUUUAGCAGUGCAUGGUUUGCAGUAGGGUGUAACAAAACAUCAUUUCUUCAACCAUGAUGAUUAUGUGCAUAUGCACUCUAGUGAAACUGCAGACCAUGCAACGUUGGUAACAUGACCUGAAGCAUGCCAUACUGCCACAUCUGUAGUGUUUGUUGCAAUCCAGAACACAAGUUUUCUCAUUUUUGCAACUUCUCUGCAAUAAAAGUUAAGAAUGCACAAACUUAUCUGCACAAAAUUGGUAUUGGAAGAUAUUAAAUUAAAAAGUUUAUCAUUGGUUUUGGCAGAUAUAAAUAUUUCUGCCAAGGUAAAUUGACCAUACAUUUCAGCAGUAAAUGUCGUAUGGCAGCCAUAAAUAUUGGUAAAAUAAACAAAUGUCACAGAUACAGUGGCAUUAUGCAAUUGGAAGCUCAGCUAUUUAAGGCGGAUUCUAAAGGAGUAUUUUCUCACUAUGAGCAGCACCUUUCCCUAUUCUCCUUUAUAUGUGGCCCCUUAAUGGCACUGACAUGCCACUUUUUUGUGUACAUACAGUGCUUAACAAAUUUAUUAGACCACCUGUCAUAUUUGUCUCGAAAACCAUCCAGCAUCAUGAAGUGCUUUAAUGCGGACUCUUUCAUUUUCA